UUAACUCCGUAGGGUUCCGCUCCUUUAUUUCAAAAAAGCACUCCGACCGCUUCUUGUUCUGCUCUCUCUCUCUCUCGACUCUCGCUGUGCAUUUGCAGAUCUUUCUCUCUCUGCGUUUUGGAUCUGCAAAUGCGCACCGCAUCGAUCGCUUCAUCGCCCUUCUCAAUCCUCGGAUUCAUGCUCAGUUCGGGGCAGAAAAUUUCAAAUCUCAAGUGAUGUUGUUAUGGCAAAGUUCUUGAUUUUAAGUCAUGCCUGUGUUUUCAUCUUGUGAAGUGGAAGACUACACCAAUUCUUAGGGUGAUUGAUAAUGAUUUGUGGAACAUAUUCUGGAAAGAGUUGUCAUCGAGUGGGAAUUGGGGUAUGUAGCUUCAUCUCUCUGUUAGAGAAUCAUGGAAAGUGACAAGGCAACCAUUACUCAGGAUGGGGUCAGCGUUAAUUUACAGAAAGCACGUCCUCUGCACGGGAGGACUAGUGGCCCCACAAGGCGUUCCACGAAGGGUCAAUGGACAGCUGAAGAGGAUGAGACUUUGCGUAAGGCUGUUGAGCAAUUUAAAGGAAAGAAUUGGAAGAAAAUAGCCGAAUGUUUCAAGGAUCGGACAGAUGUACAGUGCCUACACAGGUGGCAGAAGGUCUUGAAUCCUGAUCUUGUCAAAGGUCCAUGGUCAAAACAGGAGGAUGAUGCUAUAAUUGAAUUGGUGAAAAGAUACGGAGCCAAAAAGUGGUCUACAAUUGCUCAACAUCUACCUGGACGCAUUGGAAAGCAGUGUCGGGAAAGGUGGCAUAAUCAUCUCAAUCCGGCCAUAAACAAGGAGGCAUGGAGUCAGGAAGAGGAGUUGGCUUUAAUUUGUGCUCAUAAGAUUUAUGGGAACAAAUGGGCAGAGUUAACAAAAUUUUUGCCUGGAAGGACGGAUAAUGCUAUAAAAAAUCAUUGGCAUAGUUCUGUUAAAAAAAAACUGGACUCUUACCUGGCAUCAGGUUUAUUGGAACAGUACAGAGGCCUCCCUCAUCUUGGACUGCAAAACCAAUUCUUGCUGUCUUCAUCAUCUUCGAGGAUGCAACAGAGCAGUGGAGAUGAUAGUGUUCCUAAAGAAGGGACAGAAGCGGAGGAAAUUUCAGAAUGUAGCCAAGGUUCUGCUAUUGUUGCUUAUUCUCAAUCUGCAAAUGAGAUGCCUAUUACGGUUUUAUAUGGGAGAGAGGAAUAUCAGAUGACAGAAGAUUGUCAAGGAAAGGAGCAAGGUUCUGCUAUUGUUGUUUAUUCUCAAUCUGCAAAUGAGAUGCCUACUACGGUUUUAUGUGGGAGAGAGGAAUAUCGGAUGACAGAAGAUUCUAGUCUAGGAAAGGAGCAAGGUUCUGCUAUUGUUGUUUAUUCUCAAUCUGCAAAUGAGAUGCCUAUUACGGUUUUAUGUGGGAGAGAGGAAUAUCAGAUGACAGAAGAUGCCAGUCAAGGAAAGGAGCAAGGCUCCAGUCCUGCUUCUUGUUCUGAGCAAUAUUACACAUCCCUUGAAUUCUCCGUUCCAGAUAUACCUUCGGAAUUGAAUUGUUCUUCAAGGUUCCACGUGCAAAAUUUCUCACAUGAUGCUGGAGCUUCUGCAAUUCAACACUGCCAGUAUAAUUUGCAUGAGUUGCCCAACAUUUCUUCACGGGAUCUGGGACAGGAUUCUGGCUUAUCAACACUUUGCAUGGGUGCAAAUGAAAACAACGAAGAUGGUCCAUUACAAACUUCCAUGGAGCUAAGUACCUCUACUACAAUGGGAAAUUUGAUCCCGAGUUCUGAUAAACCUGAUGGGAUGCUGACAUCCAAAGGCAGUUGCUGCAGGGUUAAUCAUCCAGAGGCAGGGACUAUUGCAAGCUUUUCAUCUGAAUCUUUGACACAAUGCUCAAAUAUCAUAGACUUGAUUGACUCUACUGAUUCUUCAUUUAUCUAUGACUCAUCUAACUUUCAACUUUCUGAAAAUGCUGAAACUUCGGCUUCUGAAUCAUAUCCUUUGAAAUCUGGCAUGUCUGGAGCUUCAUGCUGUCAAUCUGUUCCAACUGGUCCUUCAAUACUUCCUGCUGACGAUGGCACUCUUAUAUUUGAUGCUGAACCCAGCCAGCUAAAUGAUCAUCCAGUUGGAAAUCAUGAUCAGAAGCUUGUUCCAAGUUAUUCUACUUUUGAUGAUGGUGCAGAAACUGCAGAAUUGCUGAAACAGCCAGAUCGUGCAGAGGAUUCUUCAAAAGUCGUUCCUGCCAUUAGUUCUGGAUUAGGAUUAUCAGAUGUCACGGAAAAUUGUCUUAAGGAUGAAAAACCAGUUGUACAUGGUGAGCAGCGCGAUGUUGGGGGCCUGUUCUACGAGCCUCCCCGUUUUCCAAGCUUGGAUAUUCCUUUUUUCAGCUGUGAUCUUGCACAGUCUGGAGAUAUGCUGCAAGAAUAUAGUCCCCUUGGCAUUCGCCAACACAUGAUGUCUUCUUUGAACUGCAUGACUCCAUUUAGGUUGUGGGAUUCACCAUCUAGGGAUGAUAGUCCUGAUGCCGUGCUGAAGAGUGCUGCAAAAACAUUCACAUGUACACCAUCCAUUUUAAAGAAACGGCAUCAUGAGCUAUUGUCACCCUUGCCAGAAAAAAGGAUGGGCAAGAAGCUUCAAAGUGAUAUUGAUCAGAAGUUGUCAACAUCUAGUUUGGCUAGAGAUUUUUCUCGUCUGGAUGUUAUGUUUGAUAAAAAUGUACCUUACCAAUCAUCUCCCUUUUCGCCAGUAUACAAUGAGAAAAAGAGCUCUGAAGCCCAUGAUGAAGAUAAAGAAAAUAUAUGCCCUUCUUUUGAAGUGGGAAAAGAAGAGGGAAAAAAGGGGACUGCAUCAGCAGAGAGAGGGUCAAUUUCUAGUAAACUGCAGGAAAACAUAAAGCAAGAAAAUGUUGAUGUUGAUCCUAGGACUAUUGCCCAUGCCCAAAUCGUGGAGCAGCCUUCUGGCAUCCUUAUUGAACGUAACUUGAAGGAUAUGCCAUUUUUUUCUCCUGGCCGAGUUGGAUUUAAAACAGAUAGAGUCAUGGGUUCAACUGAUGGAACUCCCAGAACUCAGUAUGCUAGAUUAUUAGAGGCUAAAUCAAAUCGAGACACUCUUUCCGAUAAUUCAAUCUGGAAUCAGUGUGUAUCUAAUGCCAGCUCUCCUACUGUUUGUGGAAAGAAGAAUGAUAGUCAUUUGGCUACUUUUACAUCAGGACAGUCUGCUCCAUCAUCAAUUGAAAACAAGAGUGAUUCUAUUGAGCACUUUAGCAUAUUUGGGGGAACUCCUUUUAAAAGAGGCAUUGAAUCACCCUCAGCGUGGAAGUCCCCUUGGUUUAUCAACUCUUUUCUGCCUGGCCCAAGGGUUGAUACAGAAAUAACAAUUGAGGAUAUAGGAUAUUACAUUAGCCCUGGGGAUAAGAGCUAUGAUGCGAUUGGGCUGAUGAAACAGUUAAGUGAGCACACUGCAGCUACCUUUGCUGAUGCGCAAGCAGUUUUGGGAAAUGAAACUCCUGAAACAAUUUUGAAGGAAAGACUCUCCAAGAAUGAAAAUACAGACCAAGAGAAUAGUCAUGUCCAUGGCCAGCCGAAGAACUGUUCCCAGUUGGUGACGAAUGUCUUGACGGAGCGGCGUAUCCUCGAUUUCAGUGAUUGCGGGACACCUGGGAAGGGAACGGAAAAUGGGAAAUUCUCAACUGGUAUCAGCUUCUGUAGUCCCUCAUCCUAUCUGUUGAAGGGCUGUAGGUAGCCUUUAGUUCAAACCUUAUGUUGUCAUAUUUCAAAAAAGUAUACAUACCUGUUAUUUGUCAUUUUUUUAGUUCUAUUGUUUUUGACCGUCUGUUAAUAGUUUUAAUGGUUGUUUAAAGUGUGCUCGCUAGAUCUUCCAUCAAUGUAUUAUCCUUUUCUACAGACAAUGGUCCCUCACAUUUUGAAAUAAUGCAAAAAAAAGCCUUUGUACUUGGGAAA